CACAAAUAACCAGUUGAUAACAAAGUUUUAACGACAUUAUCAAGUGAGAAACUACCAGUACACUAGGUUAGUGAUCGGUUAUUGACUUUUAAAUUCUUGAAUAUGAAACUUAACUUUAUGUUUGUAGUAUUCGAAUUAAUUUUUAUAAUAAGGUGUGAUGAAAUUGAAGACCGGUGUAAUUUCUUAGACAGUAAGCUUCAACCAAAUACUUUUAGACUUCUUAGUAAAGCAAUUGUACCCGAUAAAGUUGGAAAAGUUAAAGGAGAUGCAGGCAGAAUAGGAGUAAUUGGUGGUUCUAUAGAAUAUACAGGAGCACCGUAUUUCUCAGCGAUUACGUCAUUAAAGGUUGGAGGAGACUUAGCUUAUAUUAUAACUACAGAUAGUGCUGCAUACGUUAUAAAGACUUAUAGUCCAGAUCUCAUAGUAUACCCUUAUUUGAGCCCUAAAUAUGCAUCUAAAAUCAGUGCACUUUUACCAAAAAUGGAUGUCGUCAUUAUCGGGCCUGGGUUAGGUAGAGAGCCUGAUACAAUACAAUUAAUAUCUGAUGUUAUUCAAGAUUGUAGAAGACUGAAAAAACCCCUAGUUAUUGAUGCGGAUGGUAUUUUUGCAAUUUCCAAAAAUACAUCAUUAAUUAAAGAUUAUCCAUGUCCUGGAGUGAUCAUGACACCGAAUUUACGAGAGGCGAACAGAUUAAUGGAAUCUGUUUCUGAAAACGAUAGUAACUGGUACAAUUAUUGGGGAAAUUGUGUAGCUGUUUUGGUAAAAGGUGAUAAAGACCACUUCUACUCAAAUAUGACAUCCUACAGCUGGAUAGCUACAGGAGGUGGUUCAACGCGUCGAGUCGGAGGACAAGGAGAUAUAUUAUCUGGAGCUCUGGGCACAUUUUACCAUUGGGCUUUGAACAAAGAACUCUGUAAACAUGAAAGCCAAACGCAACUCGCUCAAAGUGUUGCUGCAUAUGCAGCAGCAAAGAUAACCAGAACGAGUAAUUAUAAAGCCUAUUUAAUUCACGGACAAUCAAUGUUGGCAUCAGAUAUGAUUAAUCAAAUCCAUACGGCUUUUGAAUCAACUUUUUCAUUGGGAUUAAUAUCAAGUUCUGUUUCUGAGUGCAACAAUAUGAAUACGAAUACCACAUACAUUUGAUAGAAUUCUUAUAAUAUUAUACCCACCUAAUGAAAAGAUUUAUGUAAAAGCAAGCGAGCAGCACAAACAAGUAAACUGUUAUUUUUAAUUAAAAUGAAGUAUUAAAUAA